AUGGUGAGUGAUAUCAAUAAUUGUAACGAUGCAAUCUCACAUGUGGCUACAUCAGUGAUCUGCUUCAUCUCUUUGUUGGCUUUAUGUCAUGGACUACAUAUCCUCUUGAAGCCUCUUUCUCAGCCUAGAAUCAUCUCAGAAACAAUUGUUGGUUUAUUUUUAGGCAACUUGCCGAUUGUGAGAACAGGGUUACUUCAUGUAGAAAGUAAUGAUGGCUUACAAAAUAUGAAAUUUCUAACAGAUUUUGGGAUGACACUCUACAUGUUUGCUUUAGGACUUGAAAUGGACCCAUUGGUACUUUUCCGCAUACCUAAAAAAGAGGCAAUUGUUGCAUACACUGGAAUGUUCUUCACAUUUAUUUUGACAAGUUGUACAGCUCCUUUCCUACAGUAUGGGGUGCAAUCAAAUAUCAAAUUUGUCUUGGCUUUCUCCAUAAUCUUAUCAAGUACAGGAUCUCCUUUGUUAACCCGUGUGUUAACUGAUCUUAAGAUUGGAAAAUCUGACAUUGGGAAAUUUGCCAUUUCUGCAGCUGUGUAUUCUGAAUUGGUAACAAUAUUGAUCAUUUGUAUUGGAUAUGUGAUAUUUCAACCAGAAAAUGCAUUUCAUGUACGCAGUAGAAAGCCUGAUCAACAUGAAUAUUUUAAAGGUCAUAGUGUUAUUCCUCUUGCUGUGGCAUUACUGAUACAAAUCAUAAUAACUUUGGUAGCAGGACCUAUCAUAUUAAGUUGGGUUAAUAGUGCAAAUCCUCAUGGAAAGACAUUCAAGGGUUCUCAUUUAGUACUUUCAGUUGCAUUUGCAGUGUGUAUUGGUUGUAUUUCACCUCUUUUGGGUUUCAGUCCUGUGUUAAGUGCAUUUAUUACUGGGGUUUUUUUACCUAGAGAAGGAAGAAUUUCACAGUUUAUUGUUAAUAAAGUUAACUACUUCUUAGCCUUUGUGUUUUACCCUUACUUUUUUGUAUGGGUGGGGUUGGAAGCACAAUUUGGUCGAUUUGAAAUUCGAGCACUAGGUUCUUGGGCAAGGUUGUGUGGUUUCUUUGCUGUUGGAACAGUUAGUAAGAUCAUUGGAACAGUUAUAACUGGGUUGAUUUUUGGUUUUCAUUGGCCUGAAUCCAUCAUGCUUGCAUUGCUUUUGAACAUCAAAGGUCAUUUGCACAUAUACCUCACAAUUAUUGCCAUGAAGAAUGAUAUUAUCACUUAUUCCACAUGUAUUGGCAUGAUAUUAGCAAUGCUUCUGAAGAUUGUCUACAUCCCAAUGGUUGCACAAUACAUCAUCCAACGUGCUAAAAAACGCUUGCCUACCCAGCCUUUAGCAUUACAAUGGCAUGAUCCUACUAAGGAGCUUCGUGUACUACUAUGCUUUCAUGGGCCUGAAAACGUCUCGUGUGCCAUUAACUUCAUGGAGAUCUCUAAGGGUAAAGGUGAACCAGGCAUAUUAGUAUAUGCUACUGACAUGAUAGAACUCACCGAUCAAAUUGCUGCAACAUUGGUUCCAGGAGGAAUAGAUAAUGUGGAGGUGACUGAUAAGACAGUGGUCGAAACUAGGGAGAAAAUUACCACUAUGUUACAAGAAUAUACUGAGCAUAAUGGAGAUGGCAUCACCCUUCGAAGAGCAUUAGCUUUGGCCACUUAUAACACCAUGCAUCAGGAAAUUUGUAACUUAGCAGAGGAUUCAAUAAUUAGUCUAAUAGUCCUUCCAUUUCAUAAUGGUCCUUCAAGUGAUGGGAAGACAAAUGGCAAUCAUACAGGGCUAAGAUAUGUUAACAGGAAGGUGCUUCGUAAUGCCCCUUGCUCCAUUGCAAUCUUGGUAGAUCGUGGUUUUGGUGCAAUCACACAAAUAUCAAAAUCAUUAAGUGGUGCACUAAACACCGUUGUUAUCUUCAUUGGUGGAAAAGAUGAUAGAGAAGCAUUAGCAUAUGCAGGACGUAUAGCUUACCACAGGGGAGUAAAGCUAACAAUCAUGAGAUUCUUAGUAGAUACAAAUGCAGAAAACUCUAUCACCAAAAAAACAUCUCAACAAGAAGAAGAGAUGAAACUUGAUGAUGAAUGUUUUGCAAAUUUCUAUGAAAGAUAUGUUGCAGGAGGAAAUGUGUCAUAUUUGGAAAAACACUUGGUAAAUUCAGCACAAGCUUACACUACAUUAAGAUCAUUGGAAGGGCAAUAUGGACUUUUCAUUGUAGGAAGAGGAGGGAGAGUGAAUUCAAUGUUGACAAUGGGGAUGAAUGAUUGGGAACAAUGUCCAGAGUUAGGACCUCUUGGUGAUAUUCUAUCAGGUCCUAAUUUUUCAACUACUGCUUCUGUUUUGAUCAUUCAACAACAUAACCCUAAAGUUGAGCCUGGAGGUGCUGAUAAUGAAUUCUCCAUCAUGUAGCUUUAAUUUGUUCAAGGAUAUAUAUCUUUUUUUUUGUUUUUUCCGAUAAGAUGGUAUAAUGUAUCCUAGACUAGUUAGUUAUGUUUUCUAUUACAAAUUCGAUUACAUACGUAAAAGAUGAUGCUUAUAUCGAUGAUUUGAAAUCAGCACUUACCAUUAUAUCUUAUAAUUAUCUGUGCUAGAGCCAUUGUUCUUCGUUCUCACCGAACAAUCUCAGAAGUAUUUAAUUUAAUUUGUUUGAGGAGUAUAAUGUAUCCUAGACUAGUUAGCUAUAUAUGUUUUCUAUUACAAAUUCGAUUACAUACGUAAAAGAUGAAUGAUUUGAAAUUAGCAAUUACCAUUAUAUCUUAUGAUUAUCUUGUGCUAGCCAUUGUUCUUCUUAGCAAACAAUCUUUCAAGUUUUUUGCUUGUACAUUAGUAAUUUUUCUCUUACAAGAAUUAUGUAAUUGGUUGAAAGAUAUAAUGUUGGGCAAUAGGU